AUGAGAACUGUUACACUCCUAGAUUUGCUAUUGCCAUUGUCACUUGUAAUUGUAAUAAUUCCAUUUGCGUAUGGUUGGGGAUAUGAUGGCCAUAUAGCCAUUUGCAGAAUAGCUCAGGCACGCCUGAGCAGCAUUGCAGCAGAAGCUGUAAAAAAACUGCUGCCGGCUUCUGCACAUGAUGAUCUAGGACGGUUGUGCCCGUGGGCUGACAGAAUCAAGUUUCGGUAUCGCUGGUCUUCCGACCUUCAUUUUGUCAACACCCCUGAUGAUGUUUGCACCUACAAUUAUACCAGGGAUUGCAAUGGUAGAAAUGGAGCAAAGGGCAGGUGCCUGACGGGAGCAAUCAACAAUUACACUACCCAGCUUCUGAGCUACCGCAAUAAAAAGCCCAGAUAUAAUCUCACAGAAGCACUUCUGUUCCUGUCCCAUUUCCUAGGAGACAUUCAUCAGCCAUUGCAUGUUGGAUUUGCCACAGAUAUGGGAGGAAACAGAAUUAAAGUGACUUGGUUCAACACAAGAAGAGUCCUGCACCAGGUCUGGGACACUGAUGUAAUCAAGAGAGAUGAAGGAGGAUUCAACCCAUCAAAUGUAGACCAGUUGGUCAGGAACAUUCAACUGAAAAUAAAGAGCAAAUGGGCAAAUCAAGUUAAUGCAUGGGAGACCUGCGGUGGUCAUCAGAAAACAUGCCCGAAUAUGUAUGCAGCCGAGAGUAUUAAAGCGGCUUGUCAAUGGGCUUACAAGGGGGUGCACCCUGGUUCAGUUCUCAAAGACGAAUACUAUCAGACGCGGUUACCUGUCGUGGAAAUGCGACUAGCACAAGCAGGGAUACGUCUCGCGGCAACUCUUAAUCGGAUACUUACAUGAGCCCGCUGCAGAAUGUUCUUGAGACCUAACCACUUCCAUACAGACAGACAACAGAAGCUGGUUCCGAAAUUUGGUUCCUGAUUUUUGUUGCAGAAUUAUGAGAUGCUAUUACUGUUGAAAUUUGUGUUCCUCCUUUGAAAAUAAAUGGUUGUCUCGGGCACAUACGAUCUCAAGAUGUAACAGAAAUGCUCCCGCAGUUGAUUUCACGUUUC